AUGAAGAGCAUUCUCGACCAGCUGUUGGAAGAAGCUCAAGCAGGUUUUGAUGUGCAAGACAACGAAGAGCUGGAAGCUGCCCUUGCUGCAACUCUGCCGGCACAUUACCAGAGGAGUGUCCUUCAUAGACCGCAUGAUGCCAUGACCUUAGCAUCCAUCUUCUCUUGUGUAGCUAUGAUCAAUAACCCGGUUGGAUUGGCGAAAUAUGCUGCACAGGAGAAAGGAAUCGCUGGGAUCGAGCUGGGACAGAACUGGAAUGACAGAACUUGUGUUGACACCACAUGGUACGUUGACAGUGAUGGAGAUGUGUUUGAAGGAAACAAUUGCCUCUGCGAAUCGGCGACCGGAGAAGGAUUUAGAAGUGGAGAUAUUGUUACUGUGGAAGUCAAAGAUGCUCUUGCAGCAUUUUCUGUAAACGAUGAGACUCUUGUAGAGAACAUUCAGAUCAAAAGCUGGCCUGUGAGAUUGGCAAUUCUGCUUGUGUUCAAGGGAGAUAGGGUGACGUUAUUGCAAGAAGAAAUCAUGGACGAGAAGCAAUAUGAACGAUGGAAGCACGAAAUCGAUAGAAGACUGAGGUGGGAAGAAAUGGAAAAACACAACAGGCGCGUGUUCUCAAAUAGCUUGAAACCAAACGCUGACUCCACUCCAAAGAUUCAACAAUUAGACCCCCAAACACCUCACAAGAAGGAUGCAGAAGGCAUGAUCGACCCGUCCAUCACAAUCACCUCAACUCCAGUUAUGGAACAUUUCUCUUCUCGUCAGCUCAACCAAGACAUCAUGAAGUUUGAUAAGGAAAUGUCUGCCACAGAGGAUGUGGAGCUAGAAUUGGAGGAGGAGAGUCCUAUGGAACUGGUACUCCCCGGCAACGAUGACUCCGACUCGAUGUCAGCGUCGGAGUUGUCUGCAAGAGACAACAACAAUGAUCAUUUCUUUGAGUCAAAGAAUCUAUUUGACACGAGUGCCCGUCCCGAAAUAUCCCAGCACGAGGCUGCAUAUCAGCCUCCGAUGCAGACUCCCAUGCAGACUCCCAUGCAGACUCCCAUGCAGACUCCCAUGCCUGUCCGAGCGGAUCCUCCGAUGACAGCUGGUUGCUCGAGUCGCAAAGAGUCGCAGACAGAGGAGGACGAAAGUCAGGGGUGCUUUGUAGUUGAUGUUCCGUCCAUGGAACAGACGGCCGUGAAGGCAAAGAUUGAAACAGAGCGACCUUGCAGAGAGAAAACAGAGAUGAAAAGCAAUGGAAGCCAAGGAAAUCGAUGCUGUCUCGUGCAAUGA